AUGGCGUCCGCGAAGACGUUGAACGUGACCAACGCUUCCACGCAGACGCUAAAGGUGCGGCUCACCCACACGUACUUCAGGCAACCGACGAAUGCCAAGCUGACGGCGUUCGGCGGAUACUUCGUCAGCGAGUCUGGCGACUAUAUCGCGGGGGAAGCCUUGUUCUUCGGGACGCCAGACAAACAAAAAACGGAACUGAAGAACUUCCAGGACAAGUACACACCCGGAAGCGCCUGGCAGUUCCGCAGAAUGCAAGCAAAGGCCAAGGACUCGAAAUAUCACUCUGCCCCACACCCGGUCACCAUUAACCUGACCCAUAAGAAUAUGACCGCGAAGAGCCUGUCUGCGACUGAAGCCCAGAACUUGCCUUCUGAAGCAGAGCCGAGGAUGACGGCCGGGGACGUCCUCGGCCUCUCCCGCGACCAGCUCCUCGACGUCCACGGGCGCGUGGCGGAGAUCAAACGCGACCUCAAGCAGAAGGACAGCUACAUUAGCGAACUCCACAUCUGCGACGACCAAGGCCGCAUCCUCCAAAUCAAUUUCUGGGACAAGGACCGCGGCAUCAUCAGUGAGACGGAGAAGGGCGACGUGGUGUAUAUAUUCCACGCGUGGCUUACAAAAGAACAAUCCGGAGGCAUCCACCUGACGGCCAACUCUACCACCGUCGUCGCCAAAGCUGGAGGGUCUCUCCCGGGCGCCGCCAGAUUGAACGCCCUCGACAUCGCCAGCAUGACGACUUAUACCUUGUCAGCGGCGGGGAACACCACCGACUACAAGACGGGACGAGCCAUGUGGUGCAACCUUUCGGUCCUCGAGUACAUGUCGGGAUUCCAGAAAGAGUUGCCCGAGCAGUUGUUCGAGGUCCCCAGCUGCACGGUCGCUUUGUUAGACGCGGAUCCCGACCACCUCUGCGCCAAGGGGACGGACCGUAUCUACGCCAAGGCCUCCAUACAUGACAGCGCAGGCUCCGCGCAGGCAUACCUGACAGAAUCUUCGGCUCUGGCAUUGGCCGAGUCGGAUUCGAAAGCUUCCUUCCUUGAUGCCGUCUCCACCGACGCCGUGAAUUUCCCGCGCGCGCGUCUGCGCCUCCGGUACGCCACCUCCAAGGACGGCAAGGAGGCUGGCGCGCCGCCAAGUUUCGCAGUCGUCUGCGCAGAGCCCCGCACCUUCGACACCGCCACGCCCACCACGUUCAUCCCCAGCGAGGACCGGCUCCUCCCCGCCAAACUGACCUGGCUGUCGAUGUCGCCCACCGGCCGCCUUGCCAUCAAUCCCGCAGGCAACGGAGCACCCACCCUUACUUCGGGAGCUCUGGUGCUGCUCCGUGGCGCGCGCGACCCGACGGUAACGUCCAUCGAUGACGGGUUCGCCAUUGUCAACACCGUCCGGGAUGCGAUGGAGGAAUCCAAGGAUGACACCUGGAGUGCUUCGACCACGGCAAUCGUUUCGAAGCUCCCGCGCUAUUCCAUCCCGCGGAAACACGCCGCCUUCGCCCACAUCACGCACAUCAACGUGGAUGCAAAGGAGCUGCUGCUGUCCGAGGUGUGGGCCGUCUCAGAGGCCGCGUCUUUCCCACAGUGGCAGAAAGAGUUGAACUUCGCGCAGGCAGGCCUGAAUGAGCCCCCGGCAACCAUGAAACGCAAGAGGGGCCCAAUCUCCUUCCAGCACGCGUGCGACGAGAUCUUCACUAACACGAAGAAGCGCUAUGCACCCAGUUUCGGCAGCGCGGAGGAGGUCGAGGCAUGA